UUGAUCUGACUUCCCUCUCGUAGGCUUUGAAUUCACACAGGCUGAGUGAGCCUUCACCCUGAGCUCCAAGAAAAGCAGAAGCUGGGGCCUGAGUCUUUGCAGCGUGGCGCCCAGCGUGUCAUGUGCUCUCUAAUAUCAGUGAAUAACAAGCCUUUUUUGUUUAGAGUUUCCUGAUGGUCUUUGCCGAGGGUGUCUUGCAAUCAUAAGAACCACAGCAGCUUCAUGUGGCUUAGGUCAAGUUCCCAAAGGCUUUUGAAUCUGCCAGACACCUUGGGAGUGAGACAGCAUAACCUGGCAGGACGCCGCCCUCUCCACAUGUGUGUGUGGUGGAAGCCUCACGCGGAACCAAAGGUUGUGUGAAUUGAAGAUCUCUCCUGAGCACCACCGUCCUGCCCUCCUGCGUGGGAGCCGAGGAGCCUGGCUUUGGGGGCGACCAGCAUUCCCUGCCCUCGGCCAGGCCAGGCCCCCAUGCUUGUGUGGCUGCUGCUGACCCUGGGAGCAGCUCCCAAAGCGUCACUUCUCCUCGAUCCUCCAUGGUCCCCAAUCUUCAAAGGACAGACGGCGACUCUCACAUGCAAGGACCCCCAUUCUCCAGCCCAGGGAUAUUGGUAUCAUGACAAGGAGUUUAUAAAAAAGUCUGAAAAGAUUCAAAUAAAGAAGACCGGAUGUUACAAAUGCAAGACCGACAGGUCUUCUGUUAGUGACCUCGUAUGUGUGGAAUUUUCAUCUGGCUGGCUGGUCCUCCAGGCCCAGCACCCUGUCUUUGAAGGAGAUGACGUAACUCUGAGAUGCCAGGGGAAAGAUGAUGAGACAAUCAGGGAGAGGAAUUACUACAAAAAUAGGGAGAAACUUGAUGGUACUCAUAAUUUAAAGAGCAUCACAGUACGUUCAGUCUCCAGGGACAGUAGCACUUACUACUGUACUGCUUCUGGGAAAAGUCUUUUGUCAUGGACAGUAACUUCGUCCACUUUAAAGAUCCCAGUUCAAGAGCUGUUCCCACCUCCUAUGCUGAAAGCCAGCCCCUCCCAGCCCAAGGAGGGGAGCCCGGUGACCCUGACCUGUGAGACCAGGCUCCCUCCGCAGAGGUCAGAUGUCCAGCUCCAGUUCUGCUUCUUCAGAGAAGGUCAGGCCUUGGGGUCGGGCUGCAGCAGCUCCCCGGAACUCCAGAUCCCGGCCAUGUGGAGUGAAGACGCAAGGUCUUAUAGUUGCCGGGCUCAGACGGUGACUCUCAGUGUCACGAAGAGAAGCCCGUGGUCCCACAUACAUGUGCAGAGUGAGUGUCUGGGGGCUGCUCUCCCAAAGCCAGAGCUGGCACAGGAGAGCAGUACAAUGACAUCUGCAUCCUGGGACGGUCAUCAGGACAGGGAGGGUCGUCCAGCUGUCCUAGCGGCCUCUUUUUAGGUUCGACACUGGCCUAGCUUCCCCAGAACACUCUCUUCUAUCUACCUCAGGUAAUAGUAGCUAUCGACCUCUUUCUGGGGGCCCAGUCCUGUGGGGGCUGCAGACGCAUAAGGGACGUGCUCUCUCACGAGUCAGCGGGUAGCUAGGGGCACAAACCUGCCGUCUUCAGAGGUUCCUACGGUGCUUCCAUUGUUGACCGAAACACAUCAGAAAAGAGGACGAUCACACGAACUAAAUAAAAAGAGUCAGAGGAGAAUGGAGAAGGGUCGGAGAGGGGGUGGGAUUCUGAGUAGAGUCUCUUCAGGGCAGAAGUAACAUUCCCGCUGUUGUGUCUAAUUUUGUGGUCCAUCUGGUGCCUUGAAGAUUCCUUAGAGAUAAAUGUCCCUAAAAUGUGACUGCAGCCAACACUAGGCUUAAGAUCAAAGUCCCGGGGCCCACCUUCCCCACGGGUGGGAACUGCUGUGGAGAGGGCUGGGGAAGGGGUGUUUCUCUCUUUAUAACAAACGA